UUCUGGUUGACGCGCCUAACAGCGCGUGGCGCGCGCCUGCGGACGUCAAGAAAAAUAAUUCCCAAGAACAACCUUCAAGCACAUUCGCCGAUGUUGCUCAAGUUCAAAUCCACGCCCAAUUCUUAGGGACUUAAGGCCAUGUACACAAUUGCACCACGAGUGGGAUCACGGUGCCAGUACGUGUGUACAUCAUGUCUGAAUGCUACAAUCCGGAGGGGUGAAAACGCUUCACCCCGUUUGUUGCGACAGAGCAGCAAUGUAGCAGCAGCCACCCACAAUGCCGAAAAUGAAUCUCCAAAAGCCGAGCCAACAGGCGCACGUUCCUUGGAUUCUUGGCUGCAGAAAGCCGCGAAGAAACACCUCGGAUCAGCUCAAGCAGACCAGAGCGACAAAAUAGCGGCACCCCUGAAGCCGAUAACGAAGCGGCGAUCCAAAUCAUCUCCAGGAGACAAGGCCCGCGAAACAGCAGUUACGUUAGAGCCAUCAAACUCUGGCAAGGGAUCGAAAACCAUAACGAAGAAACGGCCCAAGGGAGUCCAGGUAAAUCCUCAAGACCAAACAGCAAAGCCCUUACAGAACUCCAACGAGGGUGUCCCUGGAACAGAUGGGAAACCCCCGCCAAGUUCUAGCAAGAAGCGGAGAACAAAUAAAAAUAGGCAGAAGAAAUUGCAGGCCUUAUAUGAUAUAUCUGUCACUCCGUCUUCGGAUACUGGUUCUUCAAGAACAAAGGGGGCCAAAUCAGUAGGACAACUUGUUCGGUACACAGUGGUGAAGGCCCCUCGGGGUCGGUCGUCGACAACAGUCAGAAACUCCCCGACCCAAUCAUCACACCCUGUCGCACGGCGGGUUCUAAACACGGUGAUAAUACGUCCCUCUGGCACCCCGCUCAUUAAAAGGGUUCAGGGCAGGAAAAGAGGACAACUUUUAACCUAUCUUUAUUCCAUUACUAGCUCCUCCGCCAACCGGGUUGCGAAGACAGUGCUUAUGAAAGUCUUGAAGGAAAAGAAAUUGCUGAAUAAGCGCGGCCUCGAGCUAGCACAAGGGGGUGAGGACAUAUUUAAAGAUGCUGCUCGUGAGCAGCUUGAAAAGGCAGAUAGGACUCUAUCUAUGACUUUGCUCAAAACGUACGAAAACCUAGAAUCGGCCCUGAAAAAUUCAACGCCAGAAGCUAUAGAUGCUGUGUUUAAACCACUAAAGGAAGGGGAAGGUUACAGUUCUGGAAGCGUCCAUGCACAGGCGCUAAAGUUGGUUCCAGUUGAGAAACCUCAGCCACCUGUGCCUGGCCUUGUUUGCGGCCUUGAAAGAGUGCUCUUCAAUCAGGGAGUUUAUCGACUUCGGGACCCCCAUACCCGCGUCUACAAUUUUGACCCCUAUUUGGAAUCCAUAACACCAGUGAAAGAAUUCGACUACAACGCGCUGAAAGAAUACAUCACUUCUUCGCGAGACAAAACAUUGAUUGAUACAGCAGUUGCCGAGGGCAGCAAGUACACUGGGUCAACAUCUAGCAUGACCUCGGCUUUGGCACACUUCCACUACCUUCUAUCAAAAUGGCGGCCUGUCAACCAUGAUCAACUAUCACGAGGCUUCCCAAGACCUUUAAGCUCGUUCACUGCCAUUCAACGAGCGCCUGCUUCUAUAUUCCUUCGACGCAGAGAUGGUGUUUACGCUAUUGAUGCGAACAAAGGAUUUGACACAUCCAACGUCCUCCAAUGGCUUGGGAAAUCAAUGGAGAAGUUCUUAACUUCGGACAAGGAAGAAUAUAUAAAGUACCGAAAGGAAAAUUCGCACGCUCUUACGGAUGAUGACAAAAACAGCCCCGAAUCAUAUCACUAUACAACCUUUGGCGACUUUCUUAUGCGCUCGCAGCUUGAUGCCCAUGAUCCUCGUUUACCUGGGACAGGCAUGUACGAUCUUAAGACUCGCGCUGUCAUCUCUAUUCGCAGAGACGCUACAGAUUAUGAGAAAGGGCUGGGUUACGAGAUCACAUCUCGGUACGGUGAAUAUGACUCGUACGAACGUGAGUUCUACGACAUGUCCCGCUCUGCUUUCUUGAAAUACUCCCUUCAAGUCCGGAUGGGCCGCAUGGACGGCAUUUUCGUUGCGUUCCAUAACACGGAGAGGAUAUUUGGCUUCCAGUAUCUUCCCCUGCCGGAUAUGGACCAGUCUCUUCAUGGGUCUAACGAUACUACACUGGGAGACUCCGAAUUUAAAGUCAGCCUGGAGCUCUUGAACAAAGUGCUGGACCGCGCAACCGAGAAAUUUCCAGGAGAGUCUUUGGAGCUACAAUUCGAAACAAGGCCGAAGAGUGCUUCUGACGGCGACUGUUUCAUGUAUAUUUUCGCCCGCCCCGUCGCCGAGGAGGACAUUCAAGGUAUCCAGGAGACCAAUAUCGAGCAAAUCCAAGAAUAUGAGAGGCGAGUAAUUGGCCUGGAUGCAGACGGGCAAGAAGCGGUCCUUCGCGCCGCAAUUAGAGACGCCGCAGAAGCCGUAAACGCCGACGAUCAAAAUGAAAUCUUCGAGGACGCCUUCAACCAUCUCGACCAGUCAGCGUCCGUAGAGACUAUCCGCAAUGCAUUUGGCAAAGUCGAAAAGGGCACACCGGUUGAGGCGGCUAUGAACAAGAUGCUGGAUCUCAUGGUUGCCCGUGCUGAAAGGGAAGAUCCAGAGACCAUGGCCCGUGAUGUCAACGAGGUUGUUGCGGAAUCUUCAGGUGAAAAUGCGGAUACAGCAGCGGCGGAUGAGGCGCGGAACUGUAAUACCUCAAGCGAGGGCGACGUUGAGGGCUCCGUUGGCCGUCUAGCAGUAUUCAAAUUGAACAUCCGCAACUUUGUCAACGGUCACCAGGUGGUUCGUCCCGACAAGCUGAAAGCUACCGACGACUGGGAGGUGAAGUACUGCCUUGAAGAGAUGACUGGCAAUAUCGAGACGUUGUACGCAUCGAGCGUAAAGCGUAGGAAGGAGUCGCUGGGUAAAUCCCAUGUUUCGUCGUACAUGAGUCAAAGAUAUGGCGGGGACAUACAGGAUAAUGUGAGCAUGGGAAAGGAGUAUAGAAAGGAAAUGGACAGGCUGGAUGAGGAACAUGGAGUUAAGGUGUAUGAUAAGCAGGAGUUUCUGGAUUUCGAAAGCCUGGAGAAGAGGGAGGAGAAGGUGAGAAAGGAUGUCGAGGAAGAGAUCGAAGAGCUGAAGAGCCUCAAGGAGGAGAAAGAACAGGCGGCUGUUAAGGUGUAAUAUAGGAGGCCGCGACCAUUUUCUGGGAGAGCAGGCGUUACGCCUUUCCCCAUGUACAGAUAUGUAUUAUAGAUAGAUGCGGACUAUGGGUGUACAAUAAUUUGCAGAUACAAUAUGUAUUAUAAAGAAGCAUAAUAGCAAGCCAACGUUAUAUGGCAC